GCCUAUGCAUAUAACAGUGAUCUCCUAAGACAUAAAGGAACUCACACUGGAGAAAAACAUUAUGAAUGCAAUCAAUGUGGUAAAGCCUUUGUAUGUAACAGUAGUCUCCUAGUACAUAAAAGAACUCACACUGGAGAGAAACCUUAUGAAUGUAAGCAAUGUGGUAAAGCCUUUGUAUGUAACAGUCAUCUAAGACAUAAAAGAACUCACACUGGAGAGAAACCUUAUGAAUGUAACCAAUGUGGAAAAACCUUUGCAGAUAACAGUAGUCUCCAAAAACAUAAAAGAACUCACACUGGAGAGAAACCUUAUGAAUGUAAUGAAUGUGGUAAAGCCUUUGUAUGUAACAGUCAUCUCCUAAGACAUAAAAGAACUCACACUGGAGAGAAACCUUAUGAAUGUAACCAAUGUGGUAAAGCCUUUGCAGAUAACAGUAGUCUCCAAAAACAUAAAAGAACUCACACUGGAGAGAAACCUUAUGAAUGUAACGAAUGUGGUAAAGCCUUUGUAUGUAACAGUCAACUCCUAAUACAUAAAAGAACUCACACUGGAGAGAAACCUUAUGGAUGUAACCAAUGUGGUAAAGCCUUUGCACAUAACAGGAGUCUCGUAGUACAUAAAAGAACUCACACUGGAGAGAGACCUUAUGAAUGUAACCAAUGUAGUAAAACCUUUGCAGAUAACAGUGUUCUCCUAAGACAUAAAAAUCUUUGAACACAUAGUAUAGAAAAACCCUAUGAAUGUAACUAA